AUGGCUCGCCGAAUUGUGCGGACCGGCUUGCAGCUCAUCUUGAUCACACUCUUUAUCUUCCUCGCCGUCGUGUUCCUCGACAAUCGUUUUCGUGUCCUUCCAACCUCCAUCCAUGGCCACCUUCCUAUGCACUACUCCGGGUUUGUGGUAACGGACGUGACUAUAACGCAAUGUUCAUCACUCAACCCAUUCUCUAAUUGCCAACUUGACCCAGACUCGUGGCACCGCGUCGAAAAGGAUCUUUACCUGCGCACAGGGUGGACCUCGACUGCAUAUGUCCAAUUCCAGAGGAAAAAAGAAGAAGAGUUGGGCCCCGAAGAUAAAGUUCUUGUUGAUUUGAAAAUCAGUCGCCUCACUCCGCCGAGCGAAUACACUGCCAAGGGAGAGACCGAGGCCUGGGAGCAGCGUCCUGGUGGUAUUUGGCUCAAGAGAACCGCAUCAAGGCAUGCGAGUGACUCGGGCAAGGCAGUGACAUAUAUAGACGUGCUAUUCGGAGCCGAUGCGGUGGACCCCCGGCCAAACUGGGAGAUCAAGGAUACUCCCUUGUUACUGGACAGCUGGACGGAGAAUCUGGAGACUCGUCUUAGUAUCCGUCGAGGAAACCCGACCAAAAUGAAGAAGCCCGUACCGAGAAUCAAUGAUAACGGAAAAUUCAAGGUCAUGCAGCUGGCAGACAUCCAUUUGAGCACAGGUCUUGGCGUGUGUCGUGACCCUGUCCCGGCGGAGAUUGUCCCGGGCCACAGAUGUGAAGCCGACCCGCGUACAUUGGAUUUCAUCGAACGGCUUCUCGACGAAGAGAAACCCGAUAUGGUUAUUUUUAGCGGUGACCAGGUGAACGGCGAAACAUCCCCAGAUGCUCAAAGUGCUCUAUUCAAGUCAGUGAAGCUAGUCACUGACCGCAAAAUCCCCUAUGCUGCUAUUUUUGGCAACCAUGAUGACGAGGGCGAUCUGUCCCGAGAACAGCUCAUGAAUAUCUACGAAGACCUUCCGCCCGAGGACAUCGAUGGGGUUGGAAACUACAUUGUGGAAGUCUUGGACCGUGGCAAGAGCCAACACUCUGCCCUUACAUUCUACCUCCUUGACACACAUUCUUACUCCCCCGAUGAGCGCCAAUUCCGGGGCUACGACUGGAUCAAGCCGAGUCAGACGCGCUGGUUCAAGAACACUGCCCAAAGCUUGAGAAGAAAACACCAGGAAUACACACAUAUUCACAUGAACAUGGCCUUCAUCCACAUCCCGCUUCCUGAAUACCGAAGUGAAGGAAAAUACUUCAAUGGCCAUUGGGAUGAAGCUCCCACAGCGCCUGGCUUUAACUCCGGCUUCAAGAAUGCCCUUGAAGAAGAAGGCAUUCUCUUCGUCAGUUGCGGACAUGACCAUGUCAACGACUAUUGCAUGCUCGAGCGUGACGACAAUGAUAAACCAUCCCUUUGGAUGUGCUACGGCGGUGGCGGUGGCCUUGGAGGCUAUGGCGGCUAUAAUGACUACGUGCGCCGCGUCCGCUUCUACGAUUUCGACAUCGGCCCAGGUCGCGUAACAACCUACAAGCGUUUGGAGUAUGGUAUGACCGAAGCCAAAGUCGAUGAGAUGAUCAUUGUCGAUGGCGGAGCCGUAAAAGGCCCGGAUGAAUCGGCCUAG